AUGAUCCUGACUGAAAUCUUUGCCCUGCCUGGCCUCCCCCAGGCUGCUAAAGAUUCACCUCAUCCAGAUUCCGGCUCCCUGGGGGUUCUUACAGAUGGUUCCCAUAUCGAAGGAGUCAAGGAGUCCGACUGCUUACAGCCCAUCAUCUUGGUUCAAGUCUUAGAUGCUUUGGCUGCUGCCGCAGUAGGCACCUCAGUACAUGUCCUAGAUGGUUUUGCAGUGGCCUGGGGGACCAGUUCUUCCCUUCUUUUAUCAGUUGCCCCGGGGGGAGUGGGGGCAUUGCAGUGGGACGGUCCUGAUUCACUGCUCCGAAUGCCUGCUAUCUCAAGCUCAUCACCAGGUGAAGCCCUCCUACUGCCCCCUGCCCUGUGGGCUCAUCUGGCCAUGUUUCCCCUGCCCGAAAGCAGGACAUUUCAGUCCCUCUUCAAUCUCCUCUGCAAGACAAUUCCGUUCCUCCUCAGCAAUUCAAGUCCUCCUCAAACUUCUCAGCAAGACAAUUCAGUUUCUCCUCUGAUUCCUCCUUUGACCUUGUUGCUCAUGGGGUCAAAGAACAUUCUCUUAGGAAAUGACUUCUGCAUUACAAGAUGGAGCCAUUCUCACUCACUACAAGUGAAGGUGUCUUGGCUGGGGCCCCUGUGGUUGGGGACUCCCUUGCUGUUUGCGGACGCCCAAGCACGUCGGACAAGCUGCCCUACAAAGUCGGUGCAGUGGUCCAGCUGCAAUAUCUUCUCCACGCAGGACCACGCUGCAGCCGCCAUGGCCAAGGCCGGCAUUCCCGUGUACGCCUGGAAGGGGGAGAUGGACGAGGAGUACCUGUGGUGCAUCGAACAGACCCUGUACUUCCAGAACGGUCGCCCCCUCAACAUGAUCCUGGAUGACGGCGGAGACCUCACUAACCUCGUCCACACCAAGUACCCCCAGCUCCUCAAGGGCAUCAGAGGUAUCUCCGAGGAGACCACCACCGGCGUCCACAACCUGUACAAGAUGAAAGCCAACGGCGUCCUGAAGGUGCCGGCCAUCAACGUCAACGACUCCGUGACCAAGAGCAAAUUUGACAACCUCUACGGCUGCCGCGAGAGCCUCAUCGACGGCAUCAAGCGCGCCACCGACGUGAUGAUCGCCGGCAAGGUGGCCGUGGUGGCCGGCUACGGCGACGUGGGCAAGGGCUGCGCCCAGGCCCUGCGCGGCUUCGGGGCCCGGGUCAUCAUCACCGAGAUCGACCCCAUCAACGCCCUCCAGGCCACCAUGGAGGGUUACGAGGUCACCACGAUGGACGAGGCCUGCAAAGAAGGGGGCAUCUUUGUCAUCACCACCGGCUGCACCGACAUCAUCCUGGGCAGGCACUUCGAGCAGAUGAAGGACGACGCCAUCGUGUGCAACAUCGGCCACUUCGACGUGGAGCUCGACGUCAAGUGGCUGAACGACAACGCGGCCGAGAAAGUCAACAUUAAGCCUCAGGUGCGCGGGCCGCGACCGGGAGGAGCGCUUGGACGAGGGAGUGUAAAAGAACAGGAAGAUAAAAUAGCUUGA